UUCAUUCUCACACAUAAAUAGAAAAGUCUCAAAUACAAUAAUAUUAUCAACAAUGGCUCAAAUUCAAAAGACACAACCAGCACCUGAACGUGUUUACAAAGAUUUGCAACCUUAUUUUGAGUGGAUUGAAGAUGAAGCAAGUGCCACUCUUAUCCUAAUGCUGCCUGGAUUCACAAAGGAACAAUUGAGGGUGCAAGUGACUUCAAAAGGUGUUCUAAGGAUCAAUUGUGAAAGACAAGGAAUUCAGAAUAUGUGGCAUCGUUUUGGUAAAGAAUUUCCAAUUCCUCAAUAUUGUGACACCAAUGAUGUGAAUGCCAAGUUUGAACGUGGAGUGUUGUCAAUCAAGUUCCCCAAGUUGAUCACGCCGGAUAAUAAGGCUCAAGAACAAGAAACUAUCACGAAUCCACCACAAAAAGAAGCUUCAAUUGCGCGCCAAAGUAGUGAUGAACCUAAGGCGCCAACACAAGCACAAGUGAUUGAUGAACAACGAGAGACGCCAAAGAAAAAAGAAAUGAAACCGAUUAGUGAUGAAAAAGAAAAGAACAAAAUUGAGGAACAAAUUGAGAAUGAUCAAAAGAAAAAUGAAGUGGAACCAAUUGGUGAUGAAAAAGAAAAGAACAAAAUUGAGGAACAAAUUGAGAAUGAUCAAAAGAAUGUGAAGACUAAUGAUGAGACUUCGGAGAAAAAAGAAGUUGUUAAACCUCACGAAGGUAAGGGAAAGCGACAAGGCAAGAUAACACAAAGAUUGAAAACAAGAGUUUUAGAUUUUAAUAUAAGUUUGAGAUCAAGAGAUGAUAAGGAUGAUGAUCAAGUAGGUUUUGAUUUUGUUGACACAAGGCCUAAGAGAGGGAAGAUGUUGAUGAACAUGUUUGUGGCAACCUUGUUGGUUUUGGUGCUUGGAAUAUAUGUCAAAAAUGCAUUUUGGGCAUCGUCAAAAUCAUCUUAAAGAGAAUCAAAAGAGUUUCAAUCCCAUAUGCAUAUUGAUUCUUGUAAAUGUAUAAAUAAAUCCAAUAAAAGAAUAAAAUAAUGAGUUUAAUUA